CUUCAAGCAACAUUCUAAGAACGCCCAUCUGACCACAACCAUCCAGCCUGGACCCCAGUUGGAACUAUCCUCAUUAAAAUAACGUUGCACUGUCUAUAAAAUGGACACACAAGAAGCCAACAAAUUUGAAGGAUUCAAAAAAACAGUAAUGAGUCAGCCAAGAAUGACUGGAACAGUGGUGGUCCAAACCAGAUGGCACUCACGCAUGUUGGAAUGUUGCAUUGACAAAAGAGUGUGUUUGUGUGGCGCCUUCUGUCCUGGAGUGCUGUCCUGCCAGAUGGCCGAGAAGUAUGGAGAAUGUUUCUGUCUCCCCAUUUUGCCAGGAGCUAUGAUGAUGAUGCGUACAGGAAUGCGGGAGAGAUACAAUAUCCCUGGUAGCAUUGUGGAUGACUGGGCGGUACAUAUGUGCUGUGGCCCAUGUGCACUGUGUCAGAUGGCUAAAGAAAUUAAGCACAGAAUGCGCUGAAUAGAAGCACAAUUUCCCCAACAGGCCCAAAAAUUGU